AUGGAUUUGCAAAUCAAAAAUAAUGUUUAUGAAGAAGUUAUAAAGAUAAAAAAUAGCGCAAAUUCAAACUAUGAUUUAAAUGAUGUCACAAGUAAAAACAUAAACGUCAAAAUUAACACCAGUUAUAAUAGUAAAAACGAAUGUAAGAACACAGAUGAAACAAUUUUACAUAAAAAUGUAGACGAUACUACGGUAAAUAAAAACAGCGCAAAAAAAAAGGAUAUAAAUUACCCUUCAGAAAUAAAUAAUAAUAGUAAAGAAAUUCGUACGAAUAACGAUAUUGAUAAUUAUUAUGAACAAUCAAAUAUUAAUAAAGAACAAAAUGUGAAAACGAAUGUAGAAGACGUGCAUAGAACCACGAAUAAACCCUAUGUAAAAAUUGAAACCAUAUAUAAUAACGUAGAAGAUAAUAAUAAUAAUAAUAAUAAUAAACACCGCUGUAGUAGUAAUUCAAAGCAAAAGAGAGAUGAAAAAAAAUUGUUCCCUAUAGAAGGUAACCUAACGACAGAUACGAAGGAAUAUUUAAAGAGCAGCGGAUGUAAUGAUAAUGAAAGCAAUAAGGAGGAAAUAAUAUUUGAGAAAAAAAAAAAAAAAAGUGAAAAAUUAAAGAAAGAAAGACAAAAAGAAAUAAUUGUUGCGUACUGGUUAAAGGGUAUUGUAAAUAUACUAAACGCAGGAUUUAAAAAUGGAGAUAUUAAAGGAAGUAAUUUAAUAGGAAAAAAGAUUGCGGAAGUUCUUAAAAAAGUGGUAGAGAUAUCAAAUUGGAAUAGUGUGCAUGAUUUAAUUGAAAUAAUAAAAUUUUUAGGAAAAGAAAUUAUUAAAGAUAAUAAAAUGUUUUUUAUUAUACCGAAUAUUAUAAGAAGAGUAUUAGCUAUAAUACGAACAGAACAUUUCAAACAAUUGUAUUUGUAUAAUAAUAAUUAUAUAGAUACAUUAAAUAAAAAUAAUAAUGUAAUAAUUGAUGACUUGACAAGUAAAAGUGUAAAUAAUAGUUUCUUAUAUGAACGAGAAAUUAUAAAUUUUGAAAACUCUAUUUCCUUUUAUUUUGAAAACAAAUCAAAACAGAACACUUAUAAAAUACCAGCAACAAAUACAUUGAAACAUUCUAUUAUAGAAGGAAUAACCGAAUUAAUUGCAGAAAUUGACACAUCAUGGGAAGAGGCUGAACAAAGAACUUCAUAUGACUUGUUCAUGGAAAAUGAUGUUAUUUUAACUAUGGGAUAUUCUGUAGGUGUUGAGAAAUUUUUAAAAACAAUUAAUAAAAAAAAAGACGGAAUAUCAGUUAUAGUUGUUGGUGGAGAUAUAAAUAGAAAUGGUUUUCGUAUGGCACAGUUACUAAGUGAAGAUGGAGUAGAUACAACAUAUAUACCCGACUCUGCUGUUUUUGCAGUUAUACCAAAAGUAACAAAAGUUGUUUUAGGCUCAGUAGCUGUUUCAUCAUCUGGUGGUGCAAUAACAAAAAUUGGUGGGUACAAUAUUGCAUGUUCGGCUCAAUUUAAUUCCAAACCUGUGACAAUUGUAUUACCAUUAUUUAAAUUAAUCUAUGAUCCUUUAUAUGACCCAUUAAGGCAAAAUGAAUUGCAACCAGGUCCAUCUAUGAUUUAUAAUGGUGCGGAAAAUGUAUUCGUUCGAAUCCCUAAAUAUGAUUACAUUCCUGAACAUUUAAUAACAUUAUACAUAACUGAAAUGGGACCCGUUGACUCUUUUCAGUUAUACAAUAUCACAAAAAAAAAAUAUCACCCAGAUGAUUUAGAUUUGAGUUUUGAUUAA